AUGGAAGAGGCAUCCAGCGCGGAUGCCGCGGUAGGGGCCGCCCGGCGGGAGGCUCGAGUAGCGGCCGAGCCUCUGGCGACGGAGGCGGAGGGCAUGCAGCUGCACCUCUCCAGCAGCAGCGCCACCGGCUACAAGGGUGUGGUCAGCUGCUCCCAUGGCCGCUUCCGAGCGCAGCGCACUGUAGGGAGAAGCAAUGUCAUCUUGGGCGUCUUUGGCACCGCGGUUGAGGCGGCGUUGGCCUACGCGCGGUCGGUCGGCGAGUACGAUUCCCCAGCGGUGGUGGCAGAGGCGGAGGGCAUGCGCCUGCAUCUGUCUGACCGCAGCGCCACGGGCUACCAGGGCGUGCACAUGGACAAGGGCCGCUUCCGAGCGCAGCGCACGGUGAACGGGGCCAAUCACGUCCUGGGCCAGACCUUUGACACCGCAGUCGAGGCGGCGGUGGCCUAUGCGCGGGCGUUCGGACCCCCUGCACGCGCCGGCGUCGCACCCCCUGCGCGCCCGCCCGACGGCGGUCGGGCAGAGGUCCCGUCGGAGGCGACUCGCGUCGCUGCGGCCAAGGGUGCGCGGCCAAGGGUGCACGGUGCGGGCGCCGCAAGGCAGGAGGAGGCGGCGCAGCAGCAGCAACCUGGCCGGCAGAGGCCGGGAGCGGCAGCCAAGGCCGCGGGGAGGGCGGUGGCCGUGCGCGGUGGGGUGGUGAAGGGCGCGCCCUCCAGAAAGAAGCGGCUCGCACGGCGGGUCGGCCAAUGGAGGUCUGGCGCCGCCGUGGAGUACGCGGUGGUGGCGCCUCAGCCGCCGCCGCCGCUCCAGCCGCCGCCGCAGCGGCCGGGCGGGGUGGACCCGUGCGUGCUCUACAAGGUUGGGCUUGAGGGAGUGCAGGGCCUCACCGACGCCGUCUUCGCCAUGGGCCGCAUGAUACGCGAGGCGGGAAAGGACCCCGUCACCGCCCAGGCCGUCCGUCAGUGGAGCUGA